ACAAUGAGUGCCGUCAACAUUACAAACGUCGCCGUUUUGGAUAAUCCAGCAUCGUUCUUGACUCCAUUUCAGUUCGAGAUCUCCUACGAGUGUUUGACUCCUCUUAAAGACGGUGCCUUUUAUUGUUUGUCGGUUUUAAUGCUUUAUUUUGUUAGGGUUUAAUUUGUGUUUAAGGCUAUAGAUUUUGUUUUUGUUUUUGGUUAAUGAGAAAUGGUGGGAAAAGAAAAUGAUUUAGGAUACUUGAGAAUGAGGUUAUUAGUUAAUUGGGGGUGUAAUUGUGAGUUUAGGUUUUUCAAUGUUAUUGAAGAAAGUUAGGGUUUGGUUUAGGCAUAACUUGAACUUUGCUUGCAAGAAUGCUUCGGUUUUUGUUUAACUUUUCUUGUUUUUGAAGAAGAAAAGAAAGAAGAAACCUGUCUUAAGUUGUAAAGUAGAUUUACUUUUAGUCAGUUACGUUUCGGUUUUUGUAUGCUUAAUUUAAACAACAAGUUAAUGUUUAGGCUGUUUGAUUUGCCAUAUCAGCCUAUAAGAAUACACUUAAGGACUCAGGCACAAGAUUUUAGAAUUCUAGGGAUGCAUAUCUGGAUAUUGGAGACAACCUAAGCAAGAGCCUAGGGAAUUGACUAAAGUUGCAGAAUGGGUUGCUCAUAAACAUCAUAUACAGAAGCAUUCUGAAGUUUCUAGAAUAAAGAAAUGGGGGAAGGCCUAUUGUAUGUGUAGAAGAGCAGCCUUUCAGCUAAGAGACCUGCUAUUGUAUGCUCUAGCCAGGAAUAGUUUAAUGCAUGUUGCUUGGACUUGGAAGUUGAAUUUUGGACAAGGAUAUGUGUCUAACAUGGUUUCGUUCUAGUUUUUCCAAGUCUUUUGUUACAUUUGGAGGGUUUGAAUUCCAAACACAUCCACUUUGAGGGUUGGUAUGUGUUUCAAUGGGUACUUCAGGAAAAUGAAGAUUCAUAAAAUUGGCCUUAAGUGCAGGAAGAUGGUUGGCCCUAUUGCUGAUUUAGAAUGGAAACUUAUCUAUGUGGGAUCUGCGGAAGAUGAGACUUAUGAUCAACUACUGGAAAGUGUUCUUGUUGGACCUGUUAAUGUUGGAAAUUACCGAUUUGUAUUACAGGCGGACCCACCGGACCCAUCAAGGAUUCGUGAAGAGGACAUUAUAGGUGUGACGGUGCUUCUCUUGACUUGUUCGUAUCUUGGCCAAGAAUUUGUGCGAGUGGGUUACUAUGUUAACAACGAUUAUGAUGAUGAGCAGCUCAGAGAGGAACCUCCCCCCAAGGUCUUGAUUGAGAAAGUCCAAAGAAAUAUUCUAUCUGAUAAACCCAGGGUGACAAAGUUCCCCAUAAAUUUCCACCCUGAGAGUGGUGGAAAUGAAGAACCCCCUCCAGCUGAUAACCCUGUUGAAAAUGACGGAAAUGAGGAACUUCCUGCUUCACCAAAUCAAAAAGAGGAGGAACCUUAAAUUUUCAACUUGCAGACAUUGCUGGUACUUAAGAUAGAUGGCCUGGUAAUUCUUCUGGGGAUUAAACUCCAUAUCUGAACCACAUUUUGACAAUUGGAUGAAGAUGCUUAAGGAAAUAAUAGUUCAGAAAUGCUGGAUUGUUUUUGGCUGUUUUUGUAUGUUCAGAAUAACUGUUUCACUCAGAUGAUUUGCCUCAGGCACUACUUCUGAAGGAAUUUUAGUUUCAUUUUCUUUGGGCUUUACCAUCUUAAACAUUGCCUUUUCUCCCUUGCUGUUACAGGCAUUGUGGUUUUUUUUGGUACAGAUUGUUGCCAGUAUCAACCUGAAAAUAUGGCAAUAAAAAUGGAUUUCAUCUGAUUUCAUGAUCUAUUAUUUUACUUU